GGGAGCGGGGCCAUGGAUGAGCGGGCCGAGUCCACGAGCGAGUCCCAGGGUGCUGAAGUUAAAACCCAGCAGCCCAUGGAAAGAACCCUCGGGGGCCCGCCGAGGCGGGGCCGGCGCUCCGUGCUCAAAGUGUCCCAGCUGUUGCUCCGAGCCAUCGCUGCACACAAAGGGCUGACUCUGGCCACCCUCAAGAAGGAGCUCGGAAAUGCUGGCUACGAAGUGCGCAGGAAGUGCGGCCGCCGCUCGGGCGAAGCGUCCAGGUCUGAUGUGAAGGGCACCCUCCUCCGGGUCAGCGGCAGCAACGCCGCUGGCUACUUCAGGGUCUGGAAGGUUCCAAAACCGAAGAGAAAGCCGGGACGCCCGAGGUUGGAGGAGAGUGUUCGCUCUCCAAGGAGGCCCCCUCCCAGGACGCGGAGGCCACGCAGGCGCUGUCCGCGUCGCAGGGCCGCCAGGAAGGCCAGGGAAGUGUGGAGACGGAGCUCGAGGGCGAACUCGAAGGUGAGGAGAAUAAGGCCAAGGGCCAAGGACCCGGUGGAUUCCAGAGCUAAGGAGGAAGGGAGGGCCAAGGAGGUGGAUGAGAGGAGAGGACGGACCAGGAAGGAAGACAUCAGGCCCCGGACUCAAGAGAAGAGGCCAAGCUCGAAGCUCAGGGAAGAGAAGAAGCAGGACCCAGAGAAGCCGGUAAAACGGACCAUCCAGAAGUCAACCUCGGUUAAAACUGACCGGACUUCGAAUGGGCAGGAGAAGACCCAUGACCCAAGGGCUGCUCGCACAAAGACUUCCACUAAAUCUGAAGGUCUUCGGAAUGCAGCCCGGAAUCUAUAGAGUGGGAACAACCUUCCUUCCUCCAGGCACUGAUGCCUUUCCCCAUAAGCUCCAAUGAGAGCAUCUCCACACUCAUUGAAAUGGGCAAAACUAUUUACAAGACCUUUCCACCACAUUGUGUCUGUUUCCUCUUUGCAGCAUGUAGAAGGGAAGGAGUGGGUGUUUGAGGUAAGACCUGUAGCAGAAGCAUGUGGAAGUGAAACGAGAAAACGGAGUUGAGAUUCUGUUCUUGCUUCAGGAGCCAGGAAAAUGCCUCUCAGAAAGAAAGAAAAUAGGUAGAAGAAAGCCAGCAACUUGAUGGGGUUAGGCAAAGUGUUGAACUAAUGUUAGACACCCUAGCAAAUCCAAAUUGAGUUUUGGGGAGAAGGGCAUGUAAGGAGAGAA